CGAGUGGAAUUCACGAUAGUUGAGCAGCGGCGAGAGCGGAAAGUCGAUGCGCAGGCGCACGGGCGCGCUCGGGGCGACGGCAGAGCUGCCUGGCGGUGUAUUCUAGUUGUGGCGUUGCCGCUGGCGCAACAUUGAUCUGCAGGGCUGUGCGCUCGCAAGUCACUGGUGCGCGUAGGACGGGCGCUAGUAGCGAGCUGCCAGCGGCGCAUUGCCAUGAAGGACCUGCCGCCGCGCCCCGAGCCACCGCAACCGCUGGUCACUCUACCACGCGAACUGCGGCUCGUUCAAGUGGGCGAUGGUGAACUGGUUCCGUGGGAUCAUACGAGCCAAAGCUACUUGGUCAUGGAAAGACGGGAGGCUCCAGACGGCGACCGCCGGCAAGUAGUGCGGGCCCGCAGCGUGCGCCGCCGCCUCUUCGGCGACGACGAGUCGGCCGGCGAGGACGGCGGCGCUGUCGGCAUCGGCGACGCCGGGCGCAGGCGGCGCCGCGCGCGCUGGCCGGACGACCCGCUGGCAGUCUACGUGUUGCGGCCCGCCCAGGACGUCGCCGACAAGAUGGCCGCCGAGGAGACGGCCGCAGCCACCCGCCGCUGGAACUUCGACUUCGUGAACGAGCGCCCGCUGGAGGGCCAGUGGCAGUGGGAGAAGGUUGGGGAUGAGGCGGACGGCGCAGAGGCCGAGAACGGAGGUCCCCGGGAGGCGGAGUCCGUGGACGAGUGCCACUCUCCGCAGCGCUGAGCGCCGUCUACGUCCGCGUCGGCGUGGCUGGUGGCUGCCGCCGCCGGCUGCCGUCGUCACCGACUCUAGUCUACGCAAAUUCUCAUAUUUUGUGAUCUUUUCGGUAAUUGUUUAAAGGCUUUAAUUCCACCAAUUAACGAACAGAGUGGAAACCUCUCCGUAUAUAUAUAUAUAUAUAUAUAUAUAUAUAUAUAUAUAUAUAUAUAUAUAUAUAUAUAUGCUUGUGAGCUAUUGUUGGUGUGCCAUGGUGGAUGCAUAUCAUGGCGUUUUAUUUCCUUUGAACCUAUUUAUAAAUUUCUAUUUCUAUGAUAAUCAACACACGUAAAAAUUUUGGUUAGAAAGCCUCCAAAAAAAAAAAAAAAAAAAAGAGUCAGAAGUGAGAACAAGAAGAAUCAUGUCCCACAUACUAGCGCUAUCCGUAUCAAUACCUAUUGUUGUGCUUGUUGUCUUUUCAUUUUGUAAAUGUAACGUGUUAAUGUUUUACAAAUUUUAUCUAAAUAAAGUAAUAUUUGUGUGUAUUCGAAAUAUAAGGUAUCUUACUCCAGAAUGUAAUCGUUGUGUAAUGGAGAGAAAUGAUUAAUUCGUAGCACUAUUCAUUGCUCCACUUCUUGCUUCCCAUCUAAAUAUGUGUUUAGAGUAAUGUACCUGCAGCUGCUUUUGCGCAGUGUUGUAAUGCAGACUUCACACGUGUAAUCUGCAGUUGUUAGGUGUUUUCUUUAAAAUUUGUGUACCAAGGUUUCUCGCAUGAAGACGACCAGUAAGGAAUCGAUUCAAGUAUAACACAGUUUCCUUUGAAGAAGAAUGAAAGAUAGGUGUUUACCAUGAAUGUGUACUUAAAAAUUAUUUUGUAUGUAUUAUCAAACAUCAGACAGCUAAAAUCCAAAGCAAGUGUAAAUAGUUUAGUGUUAUCAAUUGUAAUAUAGUAAAUAAAUGGCAGUUGUUUAAAUA